CAUCAGAAAAUCAGUUGCUAGCAUUUCUGGAGAUGACGGGCAAGAAGAAGCAGCCUGCCCCAUUGCUGGUCCUCCUGGCCAUCCUUCUCAUCACAACAUUAGAGAUGGUGCCGGAGAUCGCCGCCGCCGGCAACGAGAAGCUGUGCGACGUCCUGUCGCCGCGGUGCGGCGGCAUGUGCUACGUGUCCAAGUGCUCGAGCUGCUGCAAGAACCACGGCUUAAGCGAUGGCCACUGCAGGUUGAAUCAUGGCAUAGUCUGCUACUGCUGCCGUGGCCCCAACUCCGGCGAACAGCAGCGCAUGCUCAAGGUGAUUCCGGCGUCGCCGCCGCCGCCUCGCCGCCCUCUUCUUCAUGCAUGAUCGAUCCAAGGGUUUAUAUGUUGAUCGAUAGAGUUUCUCUUCAACACUACAGCUAGUGAUCGAACGUAUCUAAUGGAAGAUAUCUCUCACGAAUCAUGAUCGAUAUAUCACAGAUGACAGACAGUGUAUGUAUGAUGGAACUGAAUAAAUAAAGAGAACUCCCCUUGAA